CAAAGCGUUGAGUGAUUUCAAAACGCCAAACUGUGAACAAAAGUGCCUCAUAUGAUAAACCCGAAGAACAACCGUUUUGUUUUUUGCCGUGUAAGGAUAUCUCAGAUACCACCGCUGCCACAGAUCAGCGCCAAUUCUUGCCUUUUUUCCCGAUCGUGUUGUAUUUCAAGAGGCUAUUGAUUUGUUGUAGCGUAAGUGAAAGCCAGCUUAAUUUCCACGUCAACCUGAAGUUUGCCUUGAAGAAGAAGUAGACAAUGUUGACAAUAAGGACUUCAUCCGCGGCAUCAUCGCACCUGUAGUGUGAGGACAACUACCUCGUGUAGUUUCGAGAUGGCGCAAUUGCCCUCGGAUCCUUUCGCACUGGAUCCACCACGGCGUAGUCGCUGCUGGCUCGUGGGGGGGCCAGGCGUCGGCAAGGCUGCUUUACGAAACUGCUUUCAAAGUCCUCAGCGACCGAGCCGACACUGGCUGCGCUCGUCGUGUACGCCCACGGGGCAGCACCGGGAACGCAAUGGAGGUACACUUUUACUUUAAUUACUCACGCCAUUGAUUAUGAUUUCUAGAUAACAUGCCUCGACCCGUCUGUACAUAUCAUAUGGGCAGCACUUGAUAUCAUAACUUGUUGCGCCUUAGGUACUGCUCCGAGCUCGCCUUGGUUCGAUGAGGAGCCGGUGGUUUUGCUGAAGUCCCCACUCGACCCUAACCACACGGCCGCAGUAGAGAUCAGCUUCACGGAAGUCUGCCUCUCCCCUUGUGGAAGAAACGUGGAUCAUGACCACCCGUUUGCCGGCAAUGACAGAGAGCUAAAUAGUAUUGGUUCGAGGAAGCGCCAGGAGUUUGCUUACGGGUCCUUUUCGGGUGCUGGUGGAACAUCAACGUCCUACCCGGACUGGAGCACCGAUUGCGUCGUGCUGGUCGCAGACGUGGGGAACCGCACCUCGUUGGAGCAGCUGCGCGCCUUCGUGCAGCAGGAUUCCAUCUUCCGGUGUCCCCGUAGCCGCCCGGUGGUCUUUGUGCUGGGCGCCAAAGCGGACACUUCCAGAGAACGCCGGUAGGGUUUGGACAAUUUUGUACUGGACAUUUCUUUUUCUUUUUGAAAAUGGUCUUGAACUUGAUGGUGGUCGACCUGGGCGGGGUCGUUUCAUAGUACAUUAGGUAGCCUAUCGCAAAAGUUUACGACUAUAUCUUUUACUUUGUUACCGCUUCAUCUUCAGGCAAAUUUCCAAGGACGAACUGGCCCGCUUCAGCACCGAGGUAGCACACAUUCAGCCGGCGCACUUUGACGUGAGCAGCAAGACGCACGUUGGUGUGGACUUGUUUCUGAAAAUUCUGGUUACACGGCUCCUGUUUGUGCACCAGUCCCGUGCGCGACGCCGGGAGCUGCAAGUGGAGGAAAACUUUGUUUCGGCGGCCGCCGAUUCCCACGGCGACGGUGCCGGACUGCCGCGGUUCGUGUCCUGCACCAGCCAGGUCCUGCAAGAGAACAACCCUCUUGUGGCCACGACCCAGGAGCGAUAUGAUCAUUCCGAGGACGAACAUCAAGACCAAGGCGAGGAUCUUCAACCGCAGGAGAGCAGAACACGCGCACCCACGAACGAUUCCUUGUUGCCGGAGGGGGUCUACUCUGCCUCGGACCUGCUGCAGCACACGGGGCAGAAGUUGCAGCAAAAUCAAAGGCAGAAUUGUUCUAAUUCGCAGUGUUUGGCGUUGCUCCAGGACAGCGCGCCGCCGUUAACGGAGACGGUGGUGGACCGAAGCAGCGCCACGGUGCAGCUUGAGGACCAGCAGUAUGGUCUAGAGGAGCCUCAUCUCGUCCACACGGGAACUGAUGUUGACCACGCAUUCAAUGGAGUCGAAUCAUCAUGUGCGCAGGACGAGCUCCAGGAUCAUGUGGAGCGCGUCCAAGCGGAUGAAAAUCACGUGUUGCACCGCCCAGGUGCACGACGAGAACAGUUGCUGCAAAGCCCCCAGCAGCAGACAGAGCAACAGGUCGCGCCGGGAAGUGCUCCACCUGACGAGGAGUUUUAUCCCGUGGGACUUCUGGAGGACCAGAUAGCUCCUCUGCGAAGUAGCCGGAAGCAGACACUGCUGGCGCUGCGGGACUUUUGUGUGGAGUGGCCGGAGCAAGUCGUCGCGGUUGUCCGAUUCCAGCGCAAGGAGGUCCGCGUGCAUAUCGGUAUGUUUCUGCAGGACAUUUGGGGGGUGUUCCGCCAGCUCUGCAUGGAUUUGCGAGCGACGGACGGCGACGGAGCGGAAACUCUCGCGCAGGACAUGCGCGCCGCGGUCUGCCGCAACGUGCAAAUGCACCCGGAACUUUUGAACGAGGUCGAGGCGUUGCUCGACCAAUCCCAUUUUGGAGUGCCGCGGAUGAUGUUGAUGACCUCCGAGCAAGACGAAUUCACGGAGGGUUGCUUGGUGGACGAGACCACUUCGUAUAAUAAUGAUCACGAACUGCCACUGGUGCAAGAUCAAGAACAGCUCUCCUCAAAUCAGGCACAGAAUUCGAGUUGCAUAGUGCAGAACCAAGAGGACGACCACUACGACCAGCGGGUGGGUUGUUUUCAAGAAGGCUCCUCCUGGGCAGGGCGGGAUCAUGAUGGUGCGCAUGAUCACAACGACGAUCCGCUGGAAUCUGGCCAGGACCGGUAUUUGCUGCAUACGGCUCGUCAAUCCAAGAACAACUCCAUCGUCGUGCAUGAGGGGGACGAGUUGCUCGAUGGGCAACAUCAAGACCAGGCGAUAUCAGGCAGUGGAGCCGCGGGGAAUUCUAUACUAGAGGAUUUGGUGGAAGUAGAACCUUCGCGCAGCAGCACACAGCAGGUAGUACUUCUCAACGACGGCAGCAUAGGUGCUGGCUAUAAUUUCCAUGAAGAUCCUGCUCAAGAACAGGAGCUACAUGUUGGGAUGAAUCGUGAGGCAGAGGCAGUCGCAGCGCCGGUGGACGAACACACAACGGGCACUUUUAGCAGCGCUGGCACGACAACAUCAACCGCGAAGCCAAAAGUCACGACCACGCGGAAUUUAUUUUCGCAGCGCAUCUUCUCCUCCAGUCCAGUUGAGUCGCGCGAGGAAAGCGAGCAAGUGAUAGCAGAGCCGGGCGUUGUCCUCAUGCCGCCGUCGGAAAUCGUGCUGUCGCCAGCUCUGGAUCGUGAAGAGCAAGAAGAUGUGACAAGAGUGCCGGAGCAGAUGAAGGUAACUGCAGGUAGCCCGGGUGUAGUAGCGAAGAAGAUUUUGCACAUGCCCCCGCCCGUGCUGGUGCAGUCGCCAGGAACUGAUAGUGAUCCGCUCGUCCAGCGGGACGGACCGGGGUUCACGCCACUAAGCGUGGCUGAAGCGGAGGAAAGCGCCGCUUUUGGGGUGCGUCAAUUGGCGCCGGCGGUUUCCGUUGACGACCUGCUUCCGCCCACCAGUAAAGCUAGUGUGUCCGCGAUUGCGGAGGAGCACGAAAAUGCCAAAAAUCACGAGAAUGCUACCAGCCCACAGAAGUCUACUCCGGAUCGGCCUUCAGGAGCGACAGGGGAAGAAGAACGAAAUAGUAAUGUAGACGAGGACCUGCAGUACGAAGUGGCGUUGCAACCAGGGACGUCGAGCGCAGGAGCUCACAUUGCCGCGGCCCCGGCGGAAAUAAAUGGGCAAGUGGCCCCCGACGCUGGAGUUGUGUCUGCGACAGAUCCGCGGGGGCCGCCGCAGGUCGACACUACUGCUUCAAAAAGCAGCAAAACUGAAUUCUUAUCGUACAGCGAAUCAGUAUCGGUGGAGGAGCGCGCCUUGUCGUCAAGUCGUUUGUUUGGGAAUACGUCGUCGGUCGCGGCAACGGGCAACAUUGUGGUCAAUACGAUGUCUCGCAGCGCAUCCAGCUCUUCAACGGACCAGCGUCUCGUCGUGUCGGACGGCGUGGCUCCAGUGCAGCAAGAGGCGGGUACCACAUUUAACAUUCCGGACCACACCAGCACCCUUGCUGCAACGAGGAGCAGUCCGGUCCGAGAUGAAGCUGCAACACCGAUGGCCACAGAGGGUGCUGCAGCAGCACCAUCGCGUGGACGAGCACUGUUUAGCACUACCAGAAAAGCAGUGAAUAGUUUGUCGACCUCUGCAAUCAGCAGCGUGAGGCAGUCCUCUCCGCCCCCGCGUCCGGGCAUGCUCACUGUGAGCGACACGGGGACGGGGACUGGUCGGAGUGUGCUGGUCAGUCCGCGUGGCUGCCCCGGCGAGGAGUUCGCCGCGCAUUCUCAUAGCGUGCUGCUGAAUGUGGACCAGGACAAUCUGUUGCGUCCUCCGGCGCUGGUCGGCAUGUUCGACCACAGCUUCGUGGAGCACGCAGCCCUCGUGCCGUCUGGUGGUGCGCCAGUUGUACUAGCCGGCGCGCGGUCGGCCGCCAGCGCCACCCCAAAACAAGAAGAACACGACGCCGCCAGAGAACUACAGCAAGGAGGAGCUACUUCCACAGCUGCCGUUCAUCUGCAGCCGUCGUCCUUCUGCGACAUUGAAGAACAGAUUUCCGCCAUUCAUGCCUCGUCCUCCGCCACGUCUCCGGUGGACAUUGUGUUUCCGCACAUGACCCAGCGGACCAGCGCAGAGGAGACAUCAGCGGUGGUGCAACUACAGCAACGGGGUCGUCGACGCAUUUCGAACGCAUCUUCUUCUUCGACAGGUUUUUGCGCCACUACUGGGACCACGAACAUCAACAACAAGCCGACAGGAGGCGGAAGUGGUGGGCCAAGCAGAGGACAUUCGUUAUCACUGGAAAGAGAGUUGGCGCGGAAGCGCCAAGACUUGAAGAAAGCACAGCGGGAGCUGCAUAGUUUCGUAGCUCGGAGACAGCAAUCGAACGGCGAUCAUUCGGUCUUGCAAGAUCCGGUCACUGGCGAACGGGGACGAGAAACUGAAAAUAUGAUGAUCCCGCCUAGUUGUACGCAAGAACCGUCGGCGUCGUCCGCCUCCGCACGAAACGUCUCGCCGCAACUUCCAGUGACGCCGAUCUCUCUUGUGUCCUCUUUCAACAUCGGCACGAUGAACACUAAUCUUAACACGCAACAGCAGCUUGCCCCGCCAUCUACGCUAAGCAACACGGCCGGGCUUAUGCUGACGCACUCCCUGGAGCGCAAGAGCAUUUCUUCCCCGCAGCGUGCGGGGGCGCAAAGCGCGAAUGAUCUGGUCUUUGUUUCCGUCGAUUCUCAAGAUUUCACUUCCGCUGCAGCCGGCGCAGGGGCCGAAGUUAGUGUGCAGAGAAAUGAUCAUCUGCAGCCCACGUUCGUGCACCCAGGCUCUGCGUCCCCUUUGUACCCCGGACGGUCACCCGAAGACGUGAAGGGUCCCACCAGCAGCCUGCUGCCGUCUUCCCGAGACGUCUCGCCCGUGUCGCCGCACCGACGCGCAGCCGCAAAGGCCAUGCGGUUGAAACGCGGCGAGCGAGGAGGGAGUAAGUCACAGCAGCUCGCUACCUCGCUCGAGAGACGAGCAUCACAGAUGAAGGUGCUGCAAGACCGCAUUCGGAGCACGAAAGAGGCCUACAUCAGCAAGCGAGCGAACAGCAAGUCGGACCACAGCAAGCAACUCUCUCCUCGACGAACACCACCUGCAGCUGACCCGGCUCCGUGUACUACGCCUCCACGACCCGCGACCAAGAAGCCUAAGCGGACCGAAGUGAAGUUUCCCGCCGUGAGUUCCGCCAAAAUGCCGCGCGUCGUGGUGUGCCGAGCUCACAUCGAGCUACCCGAUUCCGGCGGUCGCACGACCGAGUUUGUGCUCUACGCGGACGAAGAUUUCCGGACAAAAGUCGCAACUUUUGCUGCGGAGAAUCAGCUGGCACAGGAUGCGCAAGCGUAUUUGGAGGCACAGCUGGAGCAGCGCGUCGGUGCCGUGCAGAAUUCUGAAAAAAUCUAUGCGAAAAUAAAUAAAGCGCCCACUCCUGUUGCACCUCCUGUGCACGAGGAGGACCACACUGGAACGAGGCAGGUCGAGCGCGUCGGAUCCGUUGAGAUUCGAGAGGAAUACUCUGCGUCCUCGUCCUCCGCAACCAGUGGUGGCGAGGAUAUACAACUUCCGUACAGCGGCCCUUCAGCAUCCAAACAUCAAAAUUUAAAUUUUUCCGGCCUGGUGCCCGCGAAAAAUAAAGCCUUAUCCAUCUCGCACAGCAGCAGAGAACAACAAACCAGCGUGCAAGAUGAACAUGUGCUCCGGUCGUCCCGGCCUGAUUUGACUAGCUGCACUGCGGCGAGGACCUCCGGAGGUGGAGGACGGGUGCGAACCUACUCCGCAGCAGCCGCGGCCCGGCGGCGGCUGCAAGUGGAGUCGCAAGGCAGUAGGGCGAACCGCAUGCCACGGAAAUCGAUCUGCGAAACAGACUUCCGCCCGAAGUCGCGUGCGGGCGACCACCACUACCUGAAACCAACAAAAGCGUGGACUGGGAAAAAAAGUGCAAACGAGCAAACCGCGCCGAAUUCAUUCCCAUCGGGAACCUCCAGCCUCGAAUACGAAAUCAGCAGAGCGAAAAGCAGCAAGGACUUUGCACGAGAGGACCAACGGCGGAAUAUUAAAGCAGUUCGGCGCACCAGCAGCAGGGCGCGGCGGGGGACGCGGCUGGACAAGCGAGAUGACAUCGAUGGCGACGGCGAAGCGCUCUCUAGAAGUGCUGAAAUGAUUUUCGGAGGGGAGCAGGACGAUAGUAACCGAGUGUAUCACAGACCACAAGCCGCGCAAGUGUCGACAAGAAGCAAAGCAUCUCCGCUUCGCGGGCAAAGACUGUCUGCAUCGGAUUACUUGACGCGCGUCGCAGCGAGCGGCAAAACUACCGUAAAGCAGAGCCACUUCUGUGCUAUCGAUCUGGUGGAGCCCGCGCCCGCCAGUGCGCGUGCCAGGGAACAAGAAAGUGGUGCUCCUGUUGCAACUCCCAACCCCUUCGCUUUGGCGAGCGCGAAAAAGAACGCGAAGCGCAGACAGCACGCACAGGAGACAAAGUCCACGGCGGUAAGCAUGACUGGAACGGAGCACGAAUCUGAACAAAUGUCUGUUGCUCGAAAAAGUUCGUCGCAACAACUCUUAGUACAACAACCCGAAAAUGUCAGCCUUCGUGGUGAGGGGGCUGAGGAUCAAGGCAUGUUGCCGGGCCCGGAUUCUGGACUACAUCAGGUCUUACCAGUUCAGGAGGAUGCACAAGCGCUGUCUCCAGGUAGGCUGGCAGCACAGAGCAGGAUCGUCACGGCGGAGGGGGUGGAAGUGCCCACCGACCGGAAGAUUUUUCUCCCGCCUCUGCCGCUUCCGCCAAUGCUUUCAGCCGGAUUUAAUUUCUUCAAUCAGGGCUACGGGUCCCAUGUGUUUCCCCCUAGACUCGGCCACGUCCCAUACGACGGCCCACAACAGGUAUUUUUUCAAGUACUUUGCAAUAUAUGAAUUUUGAGUUGUCCUCAAGAAGAUUCACGUUACAGAAAUACCGUCCCUUGGUGAUUCCAGAGGAAUAAUUAGAAUCAGGUGAAAAGAGCACGAUGGCAUUCAGCCAGCUUGUGAGUUAGUAAGUUGAGGAAAGGCCGGUGAACUACUUUUCGUACAUUUUUUUCCAAAAAAUCUUCAAGGUCCUUGCCGUGUCCCCGCACGACCAUAGCAGCUCUGCGAGUGCUUCUGACAAGCUUACGGUGCUCCAUGACACGGUCCUCAAUUACCGGCUGAACAACCGAUCCAGAACUUCUACCGGAGAUGUUGUCUCUGCGAGUCAAAAGAGCAACUCCGAGAACAACACGGUGCUGCUGCCAACGCAAUUUUUGGACGGGACCGUGGAAGGAAACGAUAACGAGACGGCAGCCCCCGAAGAUCUCGCGAGCGGGCGCAGCAACAGCUACCAAAGGAGCAGCAGCGCCAUCCGAAACCGGAAUCCGGCGCUGUUCGAUGAGUACCGUGCGCACGCGCACCCCCCGGAGCGCAGCUUUGUCCAGGCGCAAACGGCGUCGUCGUCUGUGGAACAACAACUACACGGUUCUCUUCCAGGUCUUGUGGAUCACGGAGACGACGCGUUGUGCGAGUUGGAGGUGGACCUCGGGGAGCACCGUGGCACGGAGGUGAUCGUCCUGCGCAAAUCGACGUCCAGUGCGCAUGAAGCCGCGUUGGAGCUCCAGAGGCAACACCCGGACCUGACCACCGAAGAGCUGCAGUGUCUCCAGACGUACCUGGAGGCCACCGUGCCGCACUUACUGCGCGGUGUCGAUGCGUUGACAAACUCGGCCGCGACGACGUCCAUGAUGAGCGGAACGCAGGGGCAGGGGAGGAAUCAUCUCGCGCAAGAGGCACAGAUCGAAAAACAGAAUGCAGAGGCGCACGAGCACGACGUGCAGAUGCAGCCGGUGCUUGAGGAUGAACAAACCGUGGGGCAGAGAAAGACCACCCUGCCCGCUCCCAGGCCGGUGAUACAGCAUUCACCGGUGUCACCCACGCCGGACGAGCUGGACCCGGAAGAGCCAGCAAAAAGUGCGACACUGGUCGGCCGCUUGCUGUCGCUCGUCGGCGGGGAUAAUACCAGCGCACCGGAGGGGCGGCGAUGAGGCAGCGCACUGGAGAGGGUUGCGAGAGCUAAGUAGAGCUUGUUUGUGUGGUCCAAGAGGUUGAAGAUAGAAUUUUCUCCUGAUAAGGAGGGCUCGAGCUUGACUUCUUGUGCCCUAGCGGCGUACUACUUUUUGUCCACUUGCACUUGGAAGUUCUUGUGUUUGUUUGGUGAGAAGUGUCGCAAUUGCAGCGAGGCGGAAUCAAU